AUGAAAGAUAACAACAUGAGCGAUGCUACUGCAUUACAUACAUAUUAUGCGUACAAAAUUCUAAAUAUAACAAAAGAUAUUGGGAUGAUACCAGUGGUCUGGCAAGAUGUUUGGGAUGAGAAGGUUAAGUUGCCGAAUGAUACAAUAAUUCAAGUCUGGAAAGAUAAAAGUGAUAAUGAUGAAUUUGAUAAUUGGGCAUCAUACUUAAAUAAAGUAGCAAGAGAUGGAUAUAAUGUUAUUUUAUCUAGUCCAUGGUAUUUAAAUUAUAUCAGAUAUGGAAAAUAUAACACAAACGAAUCAGUAAUGAACCUGGACUUUUUUAGAUAUUAUGAAGUCGAACCAUUACGAGCGUUUUCAGGUAAUGAACAAGAAAAAAAUCGAAUACUUGGUGGUGAAGCCUGUUUAUGGGCCGAAUUUGUCGAUGGGACCAAUUUGCUUCCACGAAUUUGGCCCGCGGCAAGUGCUGUUGCUGAACGUCUUUGGAGUGAUCGAAAUGUAAACAAUCCGGAAGAUGCACAGUUUAGAUUAGAUGUCCAUCGUUGUCGAUUAUUGAGACGUGGGAUCCCUGCUCAGCCGAUAUUGAAUGGCUAUUGUGGAAAUUAUGAACCUGAUGGGACGAGUUCUGCUGGAUGUGAUACAGCAUCAAGUGAUCGGCGACAUUCGUCCCGUCGAACGAAAACAAAACGACUCAUCUCACGUCCAUUAUCAAAAGUAAUUUCACCAAAUCAUUACAGCACUGAUUCUACAAGUCUUAAAUCUGGUACGCGAACUCCUCUAUUAAUUCCAAAAAUGUCGGCCAAAUCCCGUAAACGUUGGUUACAAGUGCAUGAUGAUUACCUAGGAAAAUGGUCUUACUACACAGUACAGGCGGGGAAACCGCACAAACAGGGAAAAGUGAAAAAAACUGGAGAAAUUUCUAAACAAAAUUUCUAUUCAAAAUAUGAUGGUACAACAUCUAUUAUGUCUCGAUGUGAAUCGGAAGAUGAACGCGAACAUCUACAACAACAGUUACGUGUAUUACCCACGUUAUCGGGCGACGCACAUCGUGCAUCACAUCUGAAAGCGAUAGAUUUUGAUAAACUUAGUACAUCGAGUAGUAAACAAGGCUCAAUCAAAUAUAAGAAAAAACGACAUGAACGACCGAAAACGGCUCAUAAUGGAACUGUCAGUCAGAUGGAAUCAUUGGAAAAUGGAUUAGGCUUAGAGCAUGAAAUACAAGAUACACGAGAAGGAAGAAUAUUACCGCCACGAACUAGUUGGUUAAGCUCAUCGGACACCAACAUUACCACGACAAAAUCGAAAGCACGUAUUAAAAGUGGUCUGUUAGAUCGUUUGAAAGCGUUUUUUCAAUCUCGAUCGCAAUCAUUGAGUCGAAUAUCGUUAACCACAACCAUCGCGUCCAUAGAUAAUCAGUCAAAUAUAGAAUCAUCAAUAUUAAAGAAGAAAACAACGAUAGCAAAUUUAAUUCGAGAUGAUUUUGAUGAUAAAUGUGUUGGUACUGAAAUAGCUAGAUCACACCAAUGUCAGCAUGUUAAAAUACAUGAUGUUCGUGACCAAUGUAUUCAAGUUGAUAUUGCACGCCCUUAUUUUAACUUAAAAUAUGACUAUGAUGAUAAAGGGGUAGGUACAGAAUGUUAUUAUGAUACAAAAAUUCCAUCAGCUAAUAUCAUUUAUGUGGAUAAAUCGAUAGAAACAGGUGAAGAUUUUAUUCAACAUAUUUCAGCAGUCAAUUGUUUUUCAUCAUCUUCUUCAAAAGAUAAAAAAAAACAAGAGAUAUUUCAAACGGACAAUGACAAAAAUAAAGAUUUAUUCAAUAAAAAUAAUAACAAUCCUUCCGAUAAGCAAGGUGAAAGUAUUCAGCACAAAAUGGGGAAAAAGUCAAAUACGAACAAGAAUAAUAGUAAUUUAUCAACAAAUAUACAAGAUAAUUUAUCUAAAAAUGAAGAACAUAAUAUCAAUGGUGGAAAGGAUACUAGUGCUAGUAAAGGACAAAUACUGCCAUUAAGUGAUAUAUUUCACGCAACAACAAACUAUUUAGAUAAUAAUAAUGAAAGUAAUGUAAAUGAACAAUUUAGGAGCGCCGUGUCUUUGACAGGAGCUCGACAGUGUAAGUGCAAAGCACACUAUUUAUACGAUUAUGAUGCAAAACGGUGCAUUGGAGAUCCUGGUGCAGUAUGUCAAAUAGAUACGGACUGUACAGAUAAUGCUGAAUGUCCGAUGGGUACUGGUCCAAUACAGAGGUUGUGCUCAUGUGCUAGACAAUACGUUGAAGAUAAUUAUCGGAAAUGUGUUGAUCCGUGUCCGUCCUCAACCGUGCAACUUAAAAUUGUGCGUCAUCCAGGCAAUUGUAAAAGAUUUGUUGAUUGUGAACACAAUUCUGAUGAACAACGACACAAAACAUUUCAAAAUUAUGUAAAGCAAUUUUCAGAUAUGAAAUGUUCAAUUUUACCGGAAGUCGAACUUUCAGUUCAUGUCAACGGUUUUAACAAUGAACAAAUAUAUCAACAACUCAAAUCAAUAAAUGAUAAACGUCUCAAAGUAUUCAUGAAUUAUAUUGUUAAAAAUAAAAAUAAAACUAAAACAUUUGGUGACAUUCUUGAACCUCCUAAAGUUGAGGAAGCAGAUAAUGAAGAGAUUAUUACAACAGAUACUGAAGUUCCAGAACAAGUACUGGAGAAAGAGGCAGAUAAUCUACGAAUUGUGAAGAACAAGCAGAGAAAAUCAGUCACAUUUUUCGAUAUGAAUGCUAUGUCAACAUUUCUUGAAGAGCAAGAUGCAAACGAAUCUACUGAACCAACAAAAAAAACACGCAAUAGCGAAGUCGAUACAGACGAUGAUUUUGAUCUCGAUGAAGAUGACGAUUUAUUGUUACCCGACGCCGAACAAGGUACAAUGUAUGAAGACUUUUUUGACCCUCCUAAAACCAUCAAGAGCAAAGAGAAAAAAGAAAAGAAACAAAAAAGGGCGAUAGAUGAUCAAGCAGAAAUCGACAAUUUUAAGGAUAAAAUUGACGACGAUGAUCAGAAUGAUCUGGAAGGGAAGUCAGAUUUUGAAAAACAUCAAAUACAAUUAAAAAAACAAAUCAAGUCGAUUGAAGAAGAGAUGUUAAGUGCAAAACCAUGGCAGUUGAGUGGUGAAACAGAUAGUUAUAAGCGACCGGAAAAUAGUUUGUUAGAAGAAUAUUUACAAUUCGAUCGAAAUACAAGAUUACCCCCUGUCAUAACAACGGACACGACUAAUUCAAUUGAGCAAUUAGUGAAACAACGUAUUCGCGAUAAAGCGUUUGAUGACGUUGUUAGAAAGAAAAAAACGGCGGAGGAUGCGAAUGCAAAAACUUAUAAAAAAGAUGUUAUACUUGAACAUGAAAAAAGUAAAAUGAGUUUAGCACAAGUAUACGAGAAAGAAUAUGUUAAACAACAAACGCACGAAGAAAUCGAGAAAAAAGAUGAACGUCAUGAAACAAUAAGAAAAAUGUUACAAAAAUUAUUUGUCGAAUUUGAUGCAUUGUCAAAUUUUCGUUUUACACCUAGACCGCCAGUUCCUGAAGUCACGGUCGUAAAUAAUUUACCAGCAAUUAUGGUCGAAGAAAUUGUGCCAACAACAGUAAACGAUGCAACGUUACUUGCGCCCGAAGAAGUACAUAUAAGACCAAAAGGUGAUGUUAAAAGUGCAACAGAAAAAACAAAAACAGACAAAAAACAUGACAGACGUUUAUUAAAACAAAAACGAAAAGAGAAAGCGCAGGAGAAAGAAAAAACCAUAACAACAGAAGCCAAUGAUGAGAAGAAACAAACACAAGAAGAAAAACGUGCUCUUUUGAAAAAACUAGGCAAAAUGAAGAAUGUCCGAAUUGAAAAGACGGAUAAAAAACAUUCUAAAACAAAAACAGCCCGAGGCACGACACAAUUUUUUCAACAAUUACAACAAACAACAACAAGUACAGUAGAAAAACGUCGUCGUCCUGAUUCGUCAUUUUCUACGGCUAAUUCGAAAAAAUUGAAACUUUAG